CAUAUCUAAAGAACAUUAUUAUAAAUAUAUAUAUUUUGGAAAACAUCCCAAAAUAUGUCUAUUUGAAUCAUAAUCCCUAUAAAAACAGACUUAGGGAUAAAACCGUACAUUCUUGACAAAUAUCGAAAGUCUUUUUGCCUAAAGUUAAUACCAUCCAUUUGAUGACCCGAUGAAAUCAGUUCGGGUCGGGUUUCUUUGUUGGCUAUUUGUUCGAGUGUGGGUCAUAGGCAAUAGCUUAUAGCUUAUCUCCGUUCACAAAUUUCCUAUCUUUGUUCUUUAAAAGCAAAGUGGAAAAAAACACUACAAGUUGUCCUGAUUCUCGAUCAUAUCAUAUAAAAGUCUUUUCUAAUUAUUCGAAUUCUGCUUUCAAUUCAAGAACUGAAAUCAACAGAAAGAUAGAUUAAUCAACAAUGGAAGCAGCUUACUACAUACGAAGACACCACAGGCAUAACCCUAACGAUGAACAGUGCAUUUCUGUUGUCGUUAAACACAUCAGAGCUCCUGUUGAUAUCGUUUGGUCAUUAGUUAGGAGAUUCGAUCAACCUCAAAAGUACAAACCAUUUGUGAGCAGGUGUACUAUGCAUGGGGAUCUUAACAUAGGCAGUGUUCGACAGGUGAAUGUCAAAUCAGGGCUUCCUGCCACCACCAGUACUGAAAGGUUAGAACUUCUUGAUGAUAACGAACACAUCCUUGGCAUCAAAAUCGUUGGUGGUGACCACAGACUAAAGAAUUAUUCCUCAAUUCUGACUGUUCAUCCAGAGAUAAUAGAAGGAAGAUCAGGAACAUUAGUGAUCGAGUCAUUUGUGGUGGAUAUUCCUGAUGGAAACACAAAGGAUGACACGUGUUACUUUGUGAAGGCGUUGAUUAACUGCAAUCUUAACUCUCUUUCAGAAGUGUCUGAACGGAUGGCUGUGCAGGAGGACCAGAGAGGGUAGCCAAACAUCUUGUGGGUCUUAAUAAAAAUGUUAGUGUUAGUGUUAAUGUCAUUGCAUUUAAACUUUUUUUUUUUUUUAAAUCGAAGCAUUUUCUGCAUUAAGUUAUGUAAAUAUAGUAGAAAAAGAAGCAGCUCAUUGUUUGCAGAACGUUGGUGAGGGUCUGUGACAUUUGGUAGUUGAUGCUGAUAUUAUUUAUAAAUAAUAAUAUUAUAUGGUGGUGUUUUUACUUUUUAUGCAAA